AUGGAAACUGCAUCUCAAGAAUCAACCAACACUUUAACAUCAGCAGCUACAAUAACAGAUGAUAAUGUAACUGGUUCAUUUUUACCAAAUUAUGGCUUUCCAGCACCUAUGAAUCUUCAUUUGGUUGAUAAACCUUUUAAAAAUCCACGUUAUAAAACACCAAAAAAACUAAAAAACCUUAAGCAAAUAUUAGCAGCUGAAAGAAACCAAAAUAUUCCUUUGAAUGUUCCAACUUAUUCUAAUAUAGAAGCACCACCUUCAAUAUUUCCACAAAAGAAAUAUUGCGAUUUAACAGGAUUAGAA